CCUGAAACCUCGCCCUUUCGGUUGCCUCUGAUCGGUGUUCAAAGCCCAGUGGUGGGUUGUCACUUGGGUCGAGCGUGGAAGUGGGCCGUGGAAAUUGGAUUUUCAGUCGUGAAGACGCAAUCCCAUUCCUCUUCCAUCUUCGUCUCUCUUCCAAAACAAAACAAAAAAGACCAUGGCAACAGUAGAAGACCGCGACCGCUUGCUCAGCAGCAACAACGCUGUAUCAGCCUCAUCGUCAUCGUCAUCUUCCAGCAGUAUCACAGAACUUGAUUUGGCUCUGAAAUCAGAUUCGAAUUUUCGACACACUACCGAAGCUCUUCAUGCGAAAGGAUCUUCAACAAUCAGGCACGUCACAGUUACCUGCCAUGGCUCCUUCUUUAUGUGGCGAUGGAGUAGUUCUCCUCGUACCGCCGAAGAAGAGCGUCAGAUACGUGAAUUCUUUCAGGCUUUGGGAAGUCUUGUCAAUCUACAGAGUCUCAGUUUUGUGGCAGCGUCGUUCGGAAAUCCCGUGACGGUCCCCACGGAAUUGUUGGUGGAAACACUCCAACGAUCGAUACGAUUGGAGCGUUUGAGAGUUCACGGACUGUGUUUGAAUCUAGACAAAGAUGCGGCACAACGGGGCAAAACCCUGGAAAGUCUGGAACUAGCGCUCCUCCAAGACAGCAAGUUAUCCGAAAUCAGCUUUUUCAAUUCUUUUUUUGGAUCCCAGUGGCUGACGGCCAGUACGAUUAGUAGUCGACAACAACACCCACAAUUAGCAUUUGAAAGGCUGCUAUCUGUGUGUACAACGAGACUCCCACAAUUGGAACAGCUGUGCAUUCGGCAUCGAAGACACAGGGUCAGGGAGUAUCCAGGAACCAGGCUAUCGAAAUCCGUGAUUCAGCAAGUUGCUGCAUCUCAUUCUCUGCGACAAUUGGAAUUGUUCAAUUUCAAGCUCUUUGACGAACAUUGGGAAGCGUUGGCCGAGGGAAUAUGGUUGGCAGGCACGUACAGUCGCCUCCACGAACUGUCAAUUUCCUGCAAAUCCUUUGGAUUGCGAGCUUGUCGGGCCGUUGCCGAUAUUCUGACAACCAGCACGUCCCUCCAGUCUCUCUACCUCGAACCCGAUAAAGGAACUUAUUCCUGUGGGAAACACUUGAACGCGGAAUGCACCAACGUGUUGGCCAAUGGUCUACUAGAAUCCAAUAGUUCCCUCCAGAGUUUCACCUUGCAAGGCAUGCCAGUGGUUAGUUUGGAAGCCUUUGUCAAGAUGAUCCAAGUCAAUCUGACAUUGGAAACGUUAGAUGUAACUGGUUAUCAAUCCAAUUCCCUGUUGGAACAAGACUUGGAGACUCAUCUCAAGUUGAAUCAAGUGGGACGAUACGCUUUGGUUCAUGAUGAAUCGAGAACGGCCUCACGAGCGCAAUGGGCAAACGCCAUUAUUGCUGUGGAGGGCAACGUCCACUGCUUAUUCUACCUCCUCUCGGCAAAUCCUUCCCUGUGUAAUCCUUUUAGCUAGCUGAAAGGAUAUUACUAUAACGCAAUUGUUUUAGGGCGUGGCAAUCAAGCUACAUGUGCGCAUACCGUACUGGUAUGGUUGCAAUGAAACUUUCCAUGAUCACAUUAUGAUCUUUUUGUCGUGGCUUGUUUUUAAAAUAAGCUAUUAAUUUUAAAUACCAAGAAAGCUUUGUGGGUGGGGAAGUACGGCAUCUUUUUCCUUUGCUUCGGUGGGCUAGCUAGCUAGCUGUAGCAAAGCUCCGUUAGAGCGGCCGAAUGAUUGAUUCAUCACUACAGCGUAGCUGCCACAAACCGAGCGCUAUGAUAGAGCUACAUGUACAAUACCGUACGGUACAGUACAGUACAGUACAGUAC